AUGCACAUACAUUGCAAAAUGACCACCACAAAAAAUUCAGUUAGGGGCACCUGGCUGGCUCAGUUGGUGGCGGCUCAACUCUUGAUCUUGGGGUCAUGAGUCCGAGCCCCACGUUGUGUGUAGAGAUUGCUUAAAAAUACAACCUUAAAAAAAAGUUUAGUUAAUUUCAUCACCACACAUAGUGACUUUUUUUUUUCUUGUGAUAAGAAUCUAGCAAUUACUCUUAACAAUUUCAACAUACAGUAUUGUUAACUGGAGUCCUCACGGCACAUGGCAUCCCUUGGACUUAUUUACCUUGUAAAUGGAAAUUUGUACCUUUUGACCACCUUCACUCAUUUUGCCUGCCCCCACUCCCUGCUUCUGGCAAACACCAGGCAGGUAAUUCUUAUCUUGAGAAAGGAGAGAAUUCUACUAAGUCUUUAGAUGAUGCACUGAAAAGAGUUUCAAGUGGGAGUUAUAUUGAUGAUAGUAACUGCUAUAGCAAAAUAUACACUGAGUGCAUUUGCAAAAGCAAAUUGCACGUGCCUAUUUCCCAAAGCCAAGGGGGUUUGAAAAGGGUUGGUUCACUGGUCCCUUCACUGUGGUGGGCUGAAUAACAUCCCCCCACCCCCCUCCCAGAGAUGUUCAUAUCUUAAUCCCAGAACUUGCAAAUAUGUUACCUUACAUGGCAAAAGGGACUUUGAACUUGUAAUUAAGGAUUUUGAGGUGGGGAGAUUAUCCUGGAUCAUCCAAGUGGGCCUAAUGUAAUCACGAAGGCCCAUAUAAGAGGGAGAGACAGGAGGAGGCAGCAUCAGAGAAGGAGGUGGGAUGACAGAAACAGAGAACAGAGUGGUGCUGGGAGGGGAUCCUGGGAUUCCUUGGCUCAGGAAUGCAGGCACCUCUAGAAGCUGGGAAAAGGGAGGAAACAGGUGUGAGCCUCUAAGAGGAAUGCAGCCCAGCUGAUACCUUGAUGUUAGAACUUCUGCUUCCAGAACUGUGUGAGAAUAAAUCGGUAUCAUUUCAAGGCUCUAAGUUGGUGGUAAUUUAUUAUAGCAGCAGUGGGAAAUGAAUACAUUAUUCCUCCCUUCCUCCAUGAGCUCGACACUAACCAGAAAACAGAAUAGGGGUCAAGGAUUUGGAGAUGAAAAUACCUCUGUGCUGGACAUUUUCCCUUUGUCCCCCAGGUAGGCUCCUCACCUUCCUCCACCCACUCUGUAGCCUGGGAAACUGACCUGCAUGGACCCCGCCAAGAGCAUCCUUUGCCCUCUGCUUUCCUGAAGGGCCUGGGCAGAGGAGCACAACAGCAUGAGAGCCUAGGAAGGAAGGGGAGUGACAGUGGGGCCAGCUCUAUCCCCGUGGGUUUGCCAUGUGUAAGCUGUGUGCCUCAGCUCAGCUCACAGGGAGCCCUUUCCACACAGCCUUGGUUCUGCUAUAUUCCCUCCCCUCUGGGAGGGAGAAUGGAGCCCUGCUGUUACCGGCUGUGCUAUCCUGUGGGCUCUUUGCAAAUUAUCCUAAUAUGAGGGUCUUAGUCCAUUCAGGCUGCUGUAAUAAAAUUACCAUAAACUGGGUGGCUUAAACACAAUAGAAGGCUGGGAAGUCCAAGAUCAAGGUGCUAACAGAUUCCAUGUGUGAGAACCCACUUCCUGGUUCAUUGACAGCUGUCUUUUCUCUGUAUCCUCACAUGGCAGAAGGGGCAAAGGAACGCUUGGAGGUCUCUUACUAGGGCACUAAUCCCAUUCAUGUGGGCCCCACCCUCAUGACCUGAUCACCUCCCAAAGGGCCCACCUCCAAAUAUCAUCACACUGGGGAUUAGAGUCAGCAUAUGAAUUACAGGGGGACACAAACAUUCAGUCUAUAGCAUGAGUAAGCCAUCCAAUUCCUGCUAGGACCCUGAUACAUCACCUUUCUUUCUGAUAAAGCUGAUUAUCAGAGCAUGUGGCUUAGGUGUGUGGGCAAGGGUGCUGCCUGAUAUUAGGAACAGGGUCCCAGGCAGCAUUGAACAUACAUACACCUCUCUCUGGAGGCACCUGGCUACAGAGAACAGGAUGCCCCUUCUCUGCGGGCAAACAGAUGUCACAGCGAGCUGAGCAUGCCCAAUUCCUUCUCCAUUUCACAAAAGCCACUUCUCCUCCAAGGGGAAGAGUGAGUGCAGAAGUAGAGGGAACGUAGAGUGUUAUUUUUCUAGAGAUUGCUUGGCCCAGGGGAGAAGUACACUCAAAUACUUCUUAGCUUCUGCCUUUGGGCAAGUAGAAUUCAAGGCAGGAAACGUAUCGUAAAAGAAUACCAUUCGAUGUUGAUAAGGGUGCUGUUGUGGGUUGAAUUAUGUCCCUCUAAAUUCAUAUGUUGUGAGUUUUUAAAUUAAAAAAAAAUUUUUUUUUAUUUUUUAAGUAAUCCUUACACCCAACAUGGGGCUCAAACUCACGACCCUGAGAUCAAGAGUCACAUGCUCUACUCGACUGAGGCAGCCAGGCACCCCUAAAUCCAUAUGUUGAGCCUAACCCCCAGUACCUCAGAAUGUGACCUUACUUAAGAGGUAAGGUCUUUGCAGCGAUGAUCAAAAUGAGGUCCUCAGAGUGGGCCUCACUCCAAUACAACUGGUGUCCUUGUAAAAAGGGAAACUGGACACAGAGACAUGCGUAGAGGGAAGACAGUGUGAAGAUACAGAGCGAUGACAGCUGUCCAAAAGCCAAGGAGAGGGUCCUGGAGCACACCCUUCCUGCACAGCCCUCAGAAGAUAUCAGCCCUGGUGACACCUUGGACCUCCAGCCUCCAGACCUGGGAGACUCUAAGCUUCUUUUGCUAAAGCCCCCCUUCCCCCACCCCCACCCCCAGCCUGGGGUCCUUUGUUUAGGGCAACUCCAGCACGCUGAGAAAGGCGACUUCCGCAGGAAAUAUAUAACUCUGUGCCAAAUGACAUCGCAGCAAAAUACACAAAAGAAAAGACUGCUAGAAAUUCCCCAAUGAGCGUGCAGGAGCACAGACACCACAAAGAGACGUAACAGGAGUACUUGACCUGACCUUGGGCUGGGGACUCCUUGGCAGUCUGUGGUUGGACUUCAAGGGCCCUAACAUCACGAUCAAACUAUUUCUUGUGCCAGAUGCUGGCACUCAGCACCCUCCUUACUGUUCUGAACCCUCUCCUGUGUCUGGGGGUUAAAUGCAGGAGAAUGGCGCUUCCUAGGCCAUCUUGCCCACAAGGCUGCAGUUUGUCUCAGGAACAUCCUUCCCGGAAGCUCUGGAAGGCAGCUAGAAGCGGAAGCCAUUCUUCCUGGGCAGCGCCGAGCAUGCGCACGUGAGCACCAGCCGGUGGAAGCCUCCACGUUUUGCACGCGCCUCCCGGUGUCCCCUGGCGAGUCAGCCCUCUUCCUGUUCCAGAGAUCAGUCAGCAGCGUGGUUUCUUGUGACACCUGGGGUGCUGUUUACUGAAAGCCUGCCCUCCCUCCACCCUGCCCACAGUGUUUUGAAUUCCCUGUAUUAGAUCUCCUCUUGCUUGUUGGACAAAAGGCUGCGUGGCAGAACGAUCCUAUGAAUCCGCCAAACUCCAUUUCAUUUUCAUCCUUAGGUAGAUGGAAGGUUUGCUCCCCCCCCCCCCCCCCCCAGAGUCCCAUGCAUUUCGGUGAAGCCAUGUGAAUGUGUUCCGGCCAACGGGAUGUAUUUCCAGGCCUGGCCCUUAAGUUCUCCUCCACGGGUUCUUCCACGAGCAUAUCAUUCCUGGGGCUCCUGGCAAGGCACGGAGGAUCCGCGGAGGUCCUGGAAGAUGGCAGAACAUCAGACGGAAAGAAACAUGGAUCCUGUAAUCACCAAGUGGUGCGGAUGUUCAUCAAACACGCCAGUGUCUGUGUUGGGAGGGGAAAAUUAGUCUUUAUUCUACCAAAAUCUUUUGUUAUAGCAGCUAGAAUUACUGAUCCUAAGUAAUAUAACCAGGAAAUAAAAAAUGGUUCGGUGCUUAUAUGUAGGCAUUCCCUCAUUCUCCCUGUGCUUUUGCAUAAUUUCUGGGUUAAGUGUUUAUAAACCUCAGUGGUAACAGACUCUAAUCCUUCUCAUAGUAAUUGAUCUAUGCAUAUUUUCUAUUUCUUGGGUGAAAUUCAUAUAUAUUUUUUAAGUUUACUUAUUUAUUCUGAGAGCAAGAGAGCACAUGUGUGAGUAAGGGAGGGGCAAAGAGAGAAGGAGAGAGAAAAUUCCCAAUGAUAGUGCAGAGCCUGACGUGAGGCCCCAUCCCAUGAACCAGUGAGAUCAUGACCUGAGCUGAAAUCAUGAGGCAGAUGCUGAAGCAACUGAACCACCCAGGAGCCCCCAGAUAUUUAUAUUUUGACAAAGAAAAUCUUCAUUUUCAAAAUCAUUGCCAUAUAGUUUCAUGUACUGUAAAAAAGAUCUUUCUAAGCAUAAUAAGAGAACAGAUGAGAGAUUUCAUUGUGUAAAAAUUACAAACAUCAAUGCAGAAAAACGACAUUAACAAAGUUAAAAAAGCAAAUAACUAGAAAAUAAUCCUUAAAAAUAUUUAAAACAUUUUUUAUUGAAGUAUACACUCCAUACAGUGUGAUAUUAGAUUCAGAUGCACAGCAUACUGACUCAGCAAUUCUAUACAUUACUAAGUGCUCACCACAAUACGUGUGGUCACCGUCUGUCACCAAUGUUAUUACUACAAAUAUCUUUUCAAGUCAGUGCAAAAAGAUAAACGAAAAUAGAAAAUUUUAGAUACAGAGUAUGAAGACACAAAAUAAAUUCACAUGAAUCCGUAAAGUAAAAACCUCAAAUAACGGAUAAAAUAUGAAAGAAUGUUCUACUGCAUUGGAUUCAAAUAAAUGCACACUGAAAGCUAAUGGAGUUACUAUUAUUAUCCCCAUCUUACAGUCUUGGAAGCUGAGGCUCAGAGAGUGUAUUGUAACUCGCUCACGAUGAGAAUGCUGGAUGAGGCAGAGCCAGGAUUCAAAUCCAAGUCUUACUAGCUCAGGGUUUUUCAUCCUGGGCACUACCAGCCUGUUGGACCAGGUACCUCCUCGCUGUCGGGGCCAUCUGUGCAUUGCCGGAUGUUAAGCAACGUCUCUGGAACAUACCCCUGCGAUGCCAGUAUCAGCCCCCACCCUGCCCAUUCUGUUGUGACAACCAAAAAUGUCUCUAGACAUUGCCAGUUCUCUCCCGGGCAGGUAGGAUCUCCCUGUGCUCUGACAUCAUGGUGGGGAGGUGGAAGAGAAGGCAGCCGUCAUCGUUAUUACUGCAGAUGUGGGACUUGUCAUUAGGGAAGAUUUUGAACAGUGACAUCGAUCUCUGACCUAACCUGAAAAGGCAGGUAAGCUCAAAUUUUCCUGCUUUACAAUGAAAAGGACAAAGCUUGUUCAUUCAUUGCUUCAUUUGGUAGACAUUUGCUGAGCACCUGGUAAGUACCAAACCCCGACCUAACCUCUGAGGAUAAAGCAAGGAACAAAGCAAAAAUUCUUGUCCCCACAGAGGUGCCACUCCACAGACAAUAAACAAACAAGUGAAGUAUGCGAUAUUUCAGCCGAUAAUAAAGGCCAUGAAGAAGUGGAGGGUAGGAUGGGCAUAGGGAUGCUGGUGGGGAGUUAUACCUUUAAAUAAGGUGUCCAGGCACAGCCUCACUCAGAAGGUGACAUUUGAACAGAGACCUGCAGUAGGGGAGGAGUUGAGCUCAACCAUUAUCUUGGGGAACACUGUUGCACAGAGAACCACAAGUACAAACACCCUGGGACCUCCUUGGCAGACUAAGGAACAGCGAGCAUGGCCAGAGUGUAAUUAGGGGGUGAGUGCCACCAGAGCACAGGUGGAGGGAAUGGUGUUUGUGACAUCCAUGGUGACUUCUCCAAGGCCAUUUCUUUUUUUUUUUUUAAGUUUAUUUAUUUAUUUUGAGAGAGAGAGUGCGUGAGGGUCCGAGGGAGAGAGAGAGAAUCCCAAGCAGGCUCCGCAGUGGCAACACGGAGCCUGACGCGGGGCUCGAACUCACAGGCUGUGAGAUCAUGACCGGAGCCGAAACCAAGAGGUGGGCACUUAACCAACUAAGCCACCCAGGUGCUCCUCCGAGGCCAUUUCACGUAGCAGUGCUCCAGGGUGUAGCUGGAACUUUGGAGCCCUCAUUUCCAGCUGAGUCAGGCUGCGUGAACCACUUUCUCCUCUGCAUGGGCCCUGCCCUAGAAUUAUGUCCUCACCUGAGUCUGUGACUCACCUGGGCUGGGCCAAUGCUGUGGAGAUGGGGAGGUGGGGAGGGCAGGUUGUGGUGCAUAAGUGGAGGAGGGCUGCUGACUCCUGACCGUGUCUGGCACUGGACGGCCUCUUCUCUUAGCCUCCUCUGUGCUGAAAAACAGCAUGAUGGCAGUCCUGCUCCUGCCCCUUCCCAUGGCAGCCUGUGCGUUCUUGGGGGUUGGUCUGUGGGUAAUCUGCAGCCAUUUCCUUACUGCGGACAUCCCUGCAGCCAUCGGCCACCCGGUGAAACUGCGGGUCCUGGAUUGCCUUUUCCUGCUGUUGUUGAGAUGGGGGAUGAUUUUUGAGAAACUGAGAAUCUGUUCUAUGCCCCGAUUUGUCCGUUUCAUGCAUGAUCUGAGGCCACUGAAGGAGGAUCCGGAUGUCGUGGUCACAGACCUCCGCUACGGGACAAUCCCUGUGAAGCUGUACCAGCCCAAAGUGUUUUCCUGCAUCCCCAGGCCUGGCAUCGUGUUCUACCACGGCGGCGGGGGGGUCCUGGGGAGCCUGAAAACCCAUCAUGUCAUAUGCUGUCAUCUGUCCAAGAAGAGUGGCUCAGUGGUCCUAUCAGUUGGAUACCGCCGCCUGCCCCAGCAUAAAUUCCCGGUGGCGGCACGAGACUGCAUUGCAGCCACCAUCCACUUCUUGAAGUCCCUGAAUGUGUAUGGGGUGGAUCCAGAUCGGGUCGUGGUCUGUGGUGACAGUGUGGGAGGGGGAAUGGCCACAAUAGUUUGUCAAAAACUUUUGGACUGUCCAGAUCUCCCCAAGAUCCGUGCUCAGAUCCUGGUCUACGCCAUCCUCCAAGCUGUGGAUUUUCAGUCCCCUUCUUUUCAGCAGAACAGGAAUAUCCCACUGCUCAAUUGGAAUUUUGCCUUCUACUGUUGGAGUUGUUACCUGGACAUCAACCCCUCCUGGAAAAGCACCAUCAUGAAAGGUGCCCAUUUGCCUGCUGAAGUCUGGGAAAAGUACAGAAAGUGGUUGGGUGCAGAAAACAUCCCGGAGAGGUUUAAGAAGAAAAGCUACCGGCCGAUGCCCCGUGAGCCCCUAAACGAGGCUGCCUACCUGGAGACAAACCUCGCUCUGGAUUUGAUGAACUCACCCCUGAUCGCAGAAGAUGAAGUCAUGUCUCAGCUCCCCGAGGCUUGCAUUGUGAGCUGUGAGUAUGACCUUCUCCGGGACCAUUCACUGUUGUUCAAGAAGCGGUUGGAGGACUUGGGAGUCCCGGUGACAUGGCACCACAUGGAGGAUGGUUUCCACGGAGUGCUUAGCACCUUUGAUAUGGGCUACUUGCAAUUCCCCUGCUCCACGAGGAUUCUAAAUGCCAUGGUCCAUUUUCUAAAUAAGUUGUGACCGUCUUUCCUUCCUGUUAGAGCUGCGGAAGUGUGUGUUCAGCCACGAUCUGGUUCCCCAAUGGGACUCUUUGUUGUGAUGUAGGCCAGGCUGAGUGGGGCUGGGGAGGGUGUCGAGGUUGCCAUGUUCUUCUUGCUUCAGCUUCUAGAACUGCAGAAUGCGUGUUUCUGAUGUCUCAAGGGAGAGCAGUAGGAGAGACAGGUUUGGGGGGAGGGUGGGACUCUGUUCAUGUUCGUGGUCAGGAAAACUUGAGCUGCAGUGGCCAUUGGAGAGAGUGAAUGAUCAUGUAAGGGUUGCCUGUGGCUUCCCUGAGGGAGAGUUCAGGCUGAUGUAGGCUGUAGGUAGCACUUGGCUAGCCUUGGAAUGAAACGGGCAUCAUGUGCAAUCCCAUGGGCUUUUUUCAGCCUAGCUCAGAGGAUGGGGCUCUGAUGUUCUAGACUGCUGAAUGGAGGUGGGAAACUGGUGUCACUCUCCCCCUGUGGGUACACGGUAACAUUUCUCCUGCUGUUCCUCUGCCUCUGUGCUCAGAGUUUUGACUGUCUGGGCUUGAAGAGUUAGGACAGAAUGGAUAGGUUUUCCAUAGCGGUUGGCACCUAGAGGCUGAUGAAGAUAGCCAAGAGCCAUCUGGCCAGGGAGCUCUGGAUCUCCUGGAGUCAAAGGAGCCAAAGGGCUGAAGAUGUAUUAGCAAAAACGAUUUCUGUCUGAAGACACACAACCAACUCAAAUUGGCCUAAAUCAGAGAAAGAAUGUAUUGGUUGAUGUAGCUAUGAAUUCCAAGGAUAAAUCAGGUAUGGUUUGAUCUAAGAACUCAGACGAUGCCACCAGCUGCCUUCUCUUCUCCUCUGCAUUUACUUCACCUUCACCUCUGCAUAUGGGUGGCCCUGAGCAGCUCCAUACUUACAUUCUCUAGAGUCAAGUCCGUCCUUAUAGACUUGCCUCAUUCUCAGCCAUCCCAGAAGAAACCACGUUGUAACUCAAUAGCUCUGUGGGCAUUUUGGGUGGUGCGUCCAGGUGCCACAACUAAGGGAAUGGAAUGUUCUGACUGGCCAGGCCUAAGUCCCAUACUGGCCUUGGAGUGAAGGAUGGGAUCAACUCCACCCAGUGCUUGGACUGAGCAUGAGGGAAGGAGAGAAUAUUUUCCUCACAUCAACACUCACUCUUCUACAGUAGACAUCAAUGCUUACUCUACUGAGUGGACAUCAGUGCCAACUCUGCUGGGUGGACAUCAAUGCUUACUCUACCACAGAAGCUAAAUGAACUCUGAAUCAGAGUACUUGGAUGUGGCAAGGGAUGUCAAGGACCACUCAACAAGUUGGCCACUUGUCUGUGAGGAAUAAAAAUUCCAAUGAAGGGGCGCCUCGGUGGCUCCAUCGGUUGGGUGUCCGACUUCAGCUCAGGUCAUGAUCUCGCGGUUCAUGAGUUUGAGCCCCGCAUCAGGCUCUGUGAGCCUGCUUCAGAUUCUGUGUCUCCCUCUCUUUCUGCCCCUCCCCCGCUCACACUCUGUCUCUGUCUCUCUCAAAAAUAAAUACAUGUUUAAAAAAAUUCCAAUGAAAUGGAUGGCCCAGGUUCCCAGGCUGGCCCUACCUGGUCUUCAGGUUGGCUAGCAGCUAUUAUAGGCCAAGAUCCAAGUCUACUGCACAGAGACCCCCGUGCAUGACCUUAACUGGCUUUCAGUUGAAUGCUCGUGCUGAAACACGGGGCAAAGAGGAAUCCCAUCUGGUGGCUCCUCAAUCCAUUCACAGCAGGAGACCAGCAGGUGUCUUUGUUGGAGAAUUAGGAACCACUCACUGAAAGCACCUCGUCUGGUGGCCCCUCAGCUGUUGGGCAGCACUGGGAUCUGAGGAGCAUGGUCCCUUCUAGAAUAGGUCUCUGAGCUGAGUCUGGGUAGACUCCUCUCCUGGAAUGUGGCCUUCAUUGUUUUAUGCUGCCUCUGACUGAGCUGGCCUUCUGGGGAGUUGGGUGGUUAGCUCUCCUACUGUGGGAUGGCAGGGGGUGUGUGAACCAGUGGAGGACCAUACCCAAGGGAGAUGAGUCAGUUACGUUUUUGGGGCUGGAAGAACCUCUGGCUUUGAAUUUCCACUGCCCUGUGAUAAGAAAGCAGUUGCUUCGAGCUGUUACCCUGGCAUUUUCCAGCACGACAGCCCUGCUCACACCCACAGGCUAGACAUUCAGAUAAGAACCUGGAGCUUAGGAUUCUUGCUGUAAGUUCCCACUCUACUUUUCCUGGGCCACCUUUAAAAAUAGCCAUGUAGGGUUGAGUCCACAAGAAGUUAGUGACCUCUGCCACAGCCACCUUAUCAGUAGCAGGUGCUUACUACCCUGCUCUCUCUCCUGCUCACUCGAGACCUGAAACAGAGGACUUGGCUCAUUGUGCAUCACAACCCCAUUUCUGGAAUCUAUAAGCAAUAAAUCUUGAGACUUUA